AUGAGCUGCGAUCCUGACGUCGACUGCGACGAGCGUAAGACGUUGGCGACGCUUUCACCCGGGAGCCCCUUGGUCGAUACGCGUCGUCUGACCUUGGCUGCAUUGGAUGCUGUGAACAAAAAGGCUGGCGGAAGGUCUAACUUAUUCCGCUUUGAGGCCUCUGUUGGGUGUUCCGCUGCUAGUGUUUAUCUGGAUGCACAAUACCAGAUUUCGCAGUUCUUGGCUCGGGAGCACCCCGAAGAAGCGGUUACGGUCAUUAUUCAGUGUGCAUCGAGACUGCCGAUGGUCUACGAUGUUUUGGAUGCCUACGCUUUUUCUCAUAUCCUCAACGGGCUGUCGCCAUGGUUUGCGUCAGUCAACCUUCUUGUGAAGGAUAACUCAUCUCUCACACGAGAUGGCCGGGUUGUUCUCUACCAUCUCGUUUCCUUAACGAUGCGGUAUUCGGAAAGUUAUCCAGAACAAGUCUUUGCAUUAUGGCGAUGGCUUGUUGAUGACCACUCUCCGAAUGGCCAUGCAACGAUACGAUUCUUAUUGGAACACGCUUCUAAAGUAGGCAGCACUGGAUAUGUUAACACGGCAAGGAAGAUUGUCGCGUGUCUUUCGCGAACAUCCUGUGGCCGACAAAUAGUUGAAGAUCUUUGCGAAGUCAUUGAGCCAGUGCGGAUGCUGCCUACAAUGGACCACAAGUUCAUGUUCCCAGAUGCAGAGGAGUCCGAUUUCUGGGCUGAUUUGGAUGCACUCUUCGCUGAACAACCCAAGCACUCACUUGGAGCUGGACAGUUUGCUCUGCUGUUUCUCGGGGACGUUGCAAUUUCUCAUCCAUGGGAAAUGAAUAAGACGGUUCCGAACGUAUUGCAAGGCGUUUUCUCCCACAUAGGGCACCGAAAUCCAUUUGUCAGAGAACAAGCACGGAAUUUAUUCUUCCAGAUUUUGCGCGCGUGGCUCCCUGGUCACGAUGAACUAGCAAUGUCAUCUUCCACGCACGCGAAUGUUUCUACAAGAUCGGUCUUAGCAGAACUAGAACGAGACAGCGCGUCGCUCUUUUGGACCGAAGACGACUCCAGUUCACAUAUUGCUGAGAAGAUGCGUAGCUUGUGCGCACUCGUCCUACAGUGGCUGCGGCCUUUACAUCCGGACUUGGCUGAUGAAUGGGGUUCUCUUGCGUUAUUGUGGGGUACCACUUGUUCCAUACGUCCCAUCGCAUUUCGCUCCCUUCAGGUGUUCCAGUCAUUGAUGCCUAGGGUUAGCCAGGCCGAUCUUGCUCAGCUUCUUGGCCGUCUUUCUAACACAAUAGCUGCUCAGGAAUCGAAUCUUCAUCCUUUCACCGCUGAGCUCAUCAUAACACUCAGUUCCGUCGUUAAGUCGGACAACUUGGACACAUCCCUCUUGCCACAGUUGUACUGGUGUACUGUUGCCUGCCUUUCAACACCAGUGGAAGUCGAGUUUCUAGAAUUGCUGGAUCUCCUUGAAUGCUUGCUAGACCGACUUGACCUUACGGACCCAUAUCGUACUGAAGUGCUCGUCGCGAAUAAGCCUGAAGACUUCGAUGGUUCGCCAGGCCUGCAGCCUUUGCUACUCAAAGGACUGCGAUCGGCUAGGACAUAUUCUCAGACAUUGAAAAUAUUGCAAAGGUUGUCUGAGGUCAAAGAUGCGGCAUUAGUUGAUCCGUCCGGAAAUCGAGUUCGUGACAUGUAUACAUUGAUUCUGCCCUGGUGUCUUCAGUCCAUGGAGGACAAUUCGAGGGACGACCUUAUUGUUGCACUUGCAAAUAGUAUUGCGGCGUUUGCGGAAGACGAAGAUCGGCCAAGCAUUUCUCGUAUAAUGACCUCGUUUGCAAAAUGCCGAUUUCGUACCAAGGACGACUUCCUGCGUCAAGCCGCUGCAGCUCUGCGCGAGCAUUAUGCACCUGACCAAUGGACCGACGUUGUCACCUUGCUCAUGGGCCUAGUCUUGAACCGGGAACGAUGGCUACAAACAAAGGCGAUGCGGUUGUUGAAAGUGCUUUUCCAACUUCGCGAAACGAGGAACCCUGUCGACCGUCUGGGCUCGGAGCUACUUAUGCCACUGCUUAGAUUGCUCCAGACUGAUUUGGCGUCACAAGCACUGGAAGUGCUAGAUGAGCCGAUAUCCAUUUCCGGUGGAUUACCUGCGAGACACGUCCUACGCAUGAGUAUGCAUAUCAGUUCGGUCAUGCAGCAAGAUGCCGUGGUCGAUACCGAGGUUUUCGGCUUACCAGACGAAUCUGGGUGGAGCGUCGCUCGCCCAGAACGCCAUCGUUACAUUUGCCGUAGAAAUGUCAUGGCAGUAUUUGAUACAUGCAAAAUGCCCACACGUCCCUCACGAAUCGAGUUUGAACCGGAGGUUGACCGAUUCACGGAUCCACUCGAGGCUGAUCUUGGUGACUUGGUCCAGAACUUGCAUGAACUCAGCACAUACUUCUUGGGUGACCCAGGUACUGAGGAUCAAUCAGCUCCACCUCCACUUCCGAUUUCGCAACCGAAUUCAUCGUCGUCGCUGCCGAAUCAGCAACUCGAGGCUCGCGUUGCUGCAAUUCUGGCAAAAUCGACGGAUACGGCAGCUGCGCUGGACUCUCCACAAACUCCUUUUGUCGAUGUCUUCCAUGUCAACCCAGUUGACAGUCGGGGCAAUGUGCUGCGGAAUGGAUACGACGGAUCUGAUGAUGACUCGGACAGCAGCGAGUUUGAUGUAGACACGUUUGCUUUCGACGAUUUAGCGAAUACUUCGUCCAAUGCCGGUCGUCAUCUUCAGAACGGAUAUUUUGGCACGAACCAUCGAAACUAA